CUUUCUCUCUCUAUUCCUAAAAACCUCGCGCCACAAAACCCUAGCUUUCUCCUUCCCGCUGCUACUACUCGUUGAGGCUAACGGAAGGCACAAGAAUGGAGGGGAGGUUUGCUAAUUUGUGGAGGUUGACUGUGAAUGAGAGUAAAUUCGUGGAAUCUGCGUUGCAAUCUGAGCUCAGAGUCGAUGGUCGUGGCCUUUAUGAUUACCGCAAGCUUACUAUCAAGUUUGGCAAGGAAUAUGGUAGCUCAGAAGUUCAACUUGGUCAGACUCAUGUAAUGGGUUUUGUGACUGCUCAGCUAGCACAACCUUACAAAGACAGACCUAAUGAAGGCUCCUUCUCUAUCUUCACGGAAUUUUCUCCAAUGGCUGAUCCAUCGUUUGAGCCAGGUCAUCCUGGCGAAUCUGCUGUUGGGCUGGGCCGCAUUAUAGACCGUGCUCUAAGAGAAAGCCGUGCAGUAGAUACAGAGUCGCUCUGUGUUCUAGCUGGAAAGCUGGUCUGGUCUGUCCGCAUUGAUCUUCACAUUUUGGACAAUGGAGGGAACUUGGUUGAUGCUGCAAAUAUCGCUGCUUUAGCUGCACUCAUGACAUUCAGGAGACCUGAUUGCACUGUAGGAGGGGAGAACAGUCAAGAAGUGAUUGUACAUCCACCCGAGGAAAGGGAACCACUUCCGUUGAUAAUACAUCAUCUCCCAAUAGCCUUCACGUUUGGAUUUUUUAAUAAAGGCAGCAUCUUGGUGAUGGACCCAACUUAUGUUGAAGAAGCUGUUAUGUGUGGGAGAAUGACAGUGACAGUUAAUGCCAAUGGCGAUAUUUGCGCAAUCCAAAAACCGGGAGAAGAAGGCGUGAACCAGAGUGUAGUCCUUCAUUGCCUGCGUCUUGCAUCUUCAAGAGCUGCUGCAACAACAAAGAUAAUAAGAGAAGCAGUUGAAGCAUACAACCGUGAGAGGAGCUUACAGAAGGUGAAGCGACAUCAUACUUUGGCUAAGUCUGAAGUUUCUGGACCUAUUGUAGUUGUUUAGGAAGAGACAACAACCAAAGAAGUCCCCAGGGCAGGAAAAAGCUGCAUAUAUGCAUGUUUGGUUAUGGCUGUGGUGGUUGAUUGUAACUUUUUGGCGGUAAAGAUUUUAGUUGUAGAUGUCGGAUCAGCAACACUAGUAGAAACGUUAAUAUGAUUAAAAUGACAGUUUUCAAAAUGUCAUUACGUUGAUUAUGAACAGCUACCACCUGCUGUUCAUUCUUAUGAAGUCGGUUAAAGCUUUUUUACAAA